AUGCCAUUCCGACUACAGGGUUUCCAAUCUGCUCUACGUGCCCAAAGCGGCCUGUUGCGCAAUCAGCAGCGCAGGUGGGCACAGGUUCACGAUGUGCGCUUCCUGGCCUCGCACCAUGACCCCAAAUAUGUCCUGGACAAGUAUCGGGCCAAGCUGGACCAGAAGGCCAAAGAAGAGGGACAUGACUCAGUCGAAUCAUUGAAGGAGGCAUACGACGAGAAGAUUGCAGACCUCCGCCGCAAAGCAUCCACUGUCGCAACCCCGGAGCCCAGCGCCCCUACACCCAAUGCCGCCAAAAGCACUCCCAAGGCAUUCCAGCCCCCUCCUCCCCCUCAAGAUUCAAGGACCGCGAAGGUCGCACGCUCUGUCUCCGGCGACUCCAGCCCCGUCAAACCUCUCAGUACAUACUUGGACGUCGAGAAGAUCCGCGAGCUCCCAGCCAAGGAGAUUGAGGCUCUCUGGCGUCUGCGCCACGCAGAUAAUGGUCACGCCAUCUCUGCCGUAAUUCCCCUUGACACAUACAAGCGCAUCAUCGCGGCCGCGCGCCAGAACCCACAGUUCAUCCUCCCUCUUCCCCGACCCCAAACCCCCGAGGAAGCUGAGCAAACACCCGAGGGCGCGACUGGUACUGCUGCGGACAUUCACUUCCUGCAGUGGGCGUUUCACCCGCCUGCGGAGGGUUCGACCCCAUCACCCUCCAACACCCAUGCUUCCACUGUGAUCUUCACCAACUUGGGCGCCUAUAAGAUGCAUGGUUCUUUUGCUCAACCCCACACUACUGUCACUCACCACUUGGAUCUGGCUGAUGACAAGGGUCUUGUUCUCAUGCAUGGUCAGAUCGUCCCUGACGGUGGUGUCUCGGCGCCUGAGGCAACUUGGUUGGUUAGCUGUGUGCAGCGCUUCUAUGACUUUGAGGGCCAGGCCAGUGGUCGCAAGAGUGAGCUUGUUCGUAUGUUCACUCGGGGUGAUGUUGAGAACUUCAAGGUUGAGGAGCUGCUGGAAGAGUCUGAGCGACUCCAGUAG